AUGGAGCGACGCGGCGGCCACUGCCACGGCGCCAAGCACCCGCCCCCGCUCCCGCCGCCGCGGCGGGCGCGCGGGGAGCGCAGGCAGGCGUCGGCGUCCAGCGGGUCCUUCUCGGCCUCGCUCCUCGACGCCAUCUACCGCUCCCUCGACGAGGGCGACGGUGGCGCGGAUGUCUUCGACGCGGCCGCGCGCGGGAGCGUGGAGGAGAAGGCGGCCGCGACCGCUACUGCGACGGCGCAGUUCUGGUGGGCGAAGGACGUGGCCAAGCCGAGGCACUCCUCGAGCUCGGACAGGGAUAGGCGCCGCCGGGAGGCGGUUGCGGUUGCGCGGCCGCGCCACUCCGGGUACGCGUCGUCCACCACGUCCUCGUCGGACUCCUCGGCCAGCUACAGCAGCUUCUCCUGCUCCUCGGCGUCGACGACCGACACCGAGUCCGCGCACCGCCGCCACAGCGGCGACCCGCCCCCGCCGCGGAUGUCGGAGGAAUCAGUGGUCGCCACGGACGCCGAGGAGGCAACGCCGCCACCGAAGAGCAAAGGGAAGAAGAAGAAGAGCAGGCCGUGUUUCCCCGUGGCAAGAAUCCGACCGAGGGCCUCAGUGCCGCCGUCUUCCGGGCCGCAGCCGCCGUCGCCGGCGACGUUCGCGUGCGCCCUCAAGGCUCUGUUCUCCUCGGCGCGCCUCCAAAGGAAGACCAAGACUCCGGCAGCCGCCCCCCAGCCCCCAGCCUCGCCUCCGCUACUGCAGCCACAGCGGGUGUCGUCGACGAGCACUGCGAAAGCUGCUGACGCGCCGCAACCCUCGGAGCCGAGGACGGUAAGGUUCGGCCCGGACGCCGGGGCAUCCGUGGUGGUGCGGCGCAGGGUGGAGGAGCUGGUGCGCAGCCUCGAGGAGCUGGAGGAGGACGAGGAGGGGAGCGACGCCAGCUCCGACCUCUUCGAGCUGGAGAGCCUUCGCCGCGCCGGCGCCGAUGAGCUGCCCGUGUACGGCACGACCAGCCUCGUGGCCAACCGCGCUAUCGCACAGGGAGCAGCUUGUUAA